UGGCGGGCAUCCUUGGUUCAUCAGCCUCUUCUUUCCUAGCAACAGCAAACUGGUGGAGCAGAUUAGGAGGAGAAGAUGAUCCUGUCGAUGGCCUUCGUUAUUCCCAUGCUUGUUUUUGCAGCUGCAGCAGAAUCAUCUCCUCAGAGUCUGGCCUGGCCAGGCUGUCCGGACACAUGUGGCAAUCUCACUGACAUUCCGUAUCCUUUCGGAAUCGGACCUGGCUGCUCCUUGGAUCCCCGGUUCGAGAUCGAUUGCCAGCAAACUGAUGGCAUCUCUACUCCGGUACUUAGGAAUUUGAGCGUGGUGCUGUUAGAUAUCUCGCUACCGGGUAGUUCAUACUCUCCAGGCCUCAUUAAGGUCAGCCAGCCAAUAUUGUACUCCCAUCUUAAUUGUUCGACCAACCAGAAAAACGACGCACCGGCGGACUUAAGGGCCAGUGACAGCGUCUUCAGGUAUUCCCAGACUCACAACUAUUUUGUUGCCGGAGGUUGUGACAGUCUGGCCUUGAUGGCUGGCACUGACACCCCGAGGGCGGUAGUAGGAUGCAAGUCUACCUGCGAUGGAAACGGGACUCUUGGGUUCGACCAGUGCUCUAGUGGUACUGGUUGCUGUAUGACUUCUAUCCCCGAUGUUAUCAGCAAAUACAGCGUGGAGUUCAAGACUCUCAAUGGCGAAACCAUAGCGCCAGGGGACGUAGGAUGCAGGUACGCCUUCUUGGUCGCGAAAACAUGGUGGUAUCAAGCUGAUUUGCACAGUUUACCGCCAGAUGUUCCGGUGAUGCUCGAAUGGGCGAUCACCUCCCACGAGUAUAUCCUGCUGAGCGAACAGAAAAACGGUCGAGGCAAUGACAGUUCCGCCUCCUGCUAUGCACACUCGAUGCCCGGGGCUCGGAGUCUAAUAUAUUGUUCAUGCAAUCAAGGCUACAGAGGGAAUUAUUUUCUUCCCCAGGGUUGCCAAGAUAUCAACGAGUGCAAAGAAGAUCCGAGCAUCAACUGCCAAGGGAAGUGUGUGAAUCGAUCGGGGUCAUACGACUGUGUAGACAAUAAGAUCAUCACGAUGAUAGGUAUCGGCGCAGGUGUCGGAGGCAUAAUAUUACUUUUGCUUUUUUGGAGAUUGUUCAUAUUCUUGAAACGAAGGUGUGAGGCAAAAACAAAGCAAAAAUUCUUCAAACGAAAUGGCGGAUUUCUAGUGCAACAAUGCCUAUCUUCCAUUGAAGACAAUCACAUGGAGAAAGGCAAGUUAUUCACAUCAGAUGAGUUAGAUACGGCCACGGACCAUUUUAACGAGAGUCGCAUAUUGGGUCACGGUGGUCAAGGGACUGUUUACAAGGGAAUGUUGUUGGAUGGAACGAUUGUUGCGGUGAAGAAAUCCAAGGUUGUUGAUCAUGGACAAGCCGAGCAGUUCGUCAACGAGGUCGUUAUUCUCUUUAAAAUCAAUCACAGAAGUGGAAUCUGUCUGGAGAGUGAAGCCCCUAUUCUAGUAUAUGAAUUUGUCCCCAAUGGAACUCUCUACCAAUAUCUUCAUGAUCCAGAAAGGAAAUUUCAUGUCUCGUGGGAAACGCGGUUAAGAAUCGCCAGUGAAGUCGCUGCAGCUCUUUCGUAUUUGCACUUUGCUGUGGCCAUACCGGUUUAUCAUCGCGAUAUCAAGUCAUCAAAUAUACUUUUGGAUGAAAAAUAUCGAGCCAAAGUGGCGGACUUUGGAACUUCCAAAUCAAUUACCGUAGACCAAACUCACUUGACAACAAUGGUGCGAGGAACCUUUGGAUACUUGGACCCGGAGUACUACCGAACAAGUCAAUUUACAGACAAGAGCGAUGUCUAUAGUUUCGGGGUUGUCCUUGUCGAGCUACUAACCGGAGAAAAGCCAAUUUCUCAACUAAGGGCGGAAGAGGGCAGAAAUCUAUCCACGUACUUUGUCAUUUCGAUGGAGGAGAACCGGUUGUUCAAUGUUCUUGAUAAGGAGGUACUGGAGCAUGGCGAGAAAGAAGAAAUCAUUGUGGUCUCUAACUUGGCGAAAAGAUGCUUAAAUCCUAAUGGAAGGUACAGGCCUACAAUGAAGGAAGUGGCCAUGGAAUUGGAGCGUGUACGGUCACUACGAAAUCCCGUGGUCAUCCGGCAAAAUGAUGAAGAGGCUGAUCGCAUUAGAACUGGAUCUGUAUGUGGUGCAGUCUCCACAUUGAUGCUAUCGGAAGCAGAUGUAGGGCUAACUUCGUGGUUAUACGAUCUACCGAGAUGAAGACGCAUGUCGUUGUUUGUGUCCAAUUUCCUAUUGCUAUGAAACCGGACAGUUUCUUUAUUUGACUCCACAUGUGAGUUAUUGAACAAUGUCGAUUACAUAAAGAAGUGCUCACAGAUGAUAUGCUAAAUUCAUGCACCCUUUUGAUAUGCUCUUUGUACAUCUAGUAUCAUUGAAGACAAUAUCAUCUCUUCUUGA